AUGGCCCUUUGCUCAUUCCGUCCCCUUGUCCUCCUCCUCACUAUCUUCCUCGCCGCCUUCGCCGUAUCCACACGCGCAACGGCCGACGGUAAGGCGCCGGCGCCGCCACCGGCGGACAGCAUGUUCCUCCGGGCUUGCUGUGCCAACACGACGAACGCGUCCGCCUGCUACGACUCCCUCAUCCCGUUGGCGGGAUCCUUCCACGGCAACCGUGUCCGCGUCGCCCGCGCCGCCGCCGUCCUCGCGUUCGCGCGGCUCCGCGGCUUCCACGACGAGCUGCGCCGCCUCCAGCCGCGCGCCGGCGCCGGGAGAGUCGUGGACAUGGCGCUGCAGUUCUGCGCGACGUCCGCCGAGGUGUGCCUCGGCAGUGAGGGAGACUCGCUGGCCGAGCUCCGGCGUCUCGAGACGGCCGCCGGCCGGAGAAGAGGGGAGCAGGCGGAGUGGGAUCUGUACAACGCUAGAUUAUACGUCGGUGGGAUAGGGCCCUGCGCCACGUUGUGCGUCGAUGAUUUGGCGAGCAUCGGGGACGCGGUGCUCGCGUCGCCGGUAGGCAAGAAGGUGGUGGCCUGGGCCGCACCCGUGCUCCUCUACGGGGAUAUUGCAGCGGACCUUGUCGAUUCCAUAAAGUUGGGAAUGUGA